AUGUUGAAAAAAUUGCUGCUUUUGGCAAGCUUAGGCUUAGCUCGGGCUGCCACCGAGCCAGAUGCCACAUUGGCGGCAUUCUUAAACGAGACGAAUGACAAACUUGCAGCUGCCUACGAUCAAGAGGUGUUGGGAGAGUUACGAAAUGAGCUGCAAGGACCCAACGAUCUGAUAGCUCUGCUGCAAGUCGAAAUAGCGAAUGAGAAGCUAAUAAACUAUGUGAAGAGCAUCACACCGCGAGCAAAGAAGUACGUAAGACUAAAGCUGGGUGAUGCUGUACAGAGGAGGCAGCUUGAGAAAAUUCCCCAAUUGGGUUACGAGAUGUUGCCGGAAAAGGAACUGCGAAAUAUCUAUGCUUUGACUUCAAAUAUGAGCGAAAACUAUCACAAUGUGCACCUUUGUGCCUUCGGACAGCCCCAGAAUUGUACGCUCAAGCUAAUACCUGAUGUGCAGCAGAUACUGCACGAGAGUCAAAAUCUGAAGGAGAUCGAAUAUUAUUGGUUCGAGUGGCGACGAUGCACCGGUCUGGCUACCCGAUCCCAAUUUGUUGCCUUUAUGGAGCUGUAUAAGAAGACGGCACAGCUCAAUGGCUAUGCGCAUGCCGAGGACUAUUGGUUUCGCUCGUUGGAGCUGAGUGGCCGGGAAACCAUGGCCCUACUGGAUGGAUUUAUGGAUGCACUACGGCCGCUCUUUCUGCAAUUCCAUGCCCAUGUGCGUGGCUCUUUGCGCAAAAUGUACGGCGAGCAAUUGGUGCCGAAGGGCAAGCCUUAUCCACAGCAUUUGGCUGAAAUAUUCCUGGGCAAUGCGUUUCGACGCGUCAAGGCCGAGUGGUUUGUGGACUUGCCCUAUCCAGAUGUGGGUCUGCCGAAUAUUACGGAGGCAUUGCAGCAGCGAAACCUGAACACCACAAUGCGUGUCUUCUGGCAUGUGGCUGAGUAUUACAGGGAGCUGGGCAUGCCGCAGCUCGAAGACGAUCUUUAUCGGAAUGCUAAGCCUGUGGCCAAUCUAGAUGGCGACCGAUGCUGGCACAAGGCCUGGCGUUUCUAUGAUCUGCCGUACACAAAUUUCAGUUACUGCGCCUUAAACGAUGAGGAGCGUUUCUUUAACAUGUUCGAGGCACAAAGUGAUCUGCACUAUUAUCGGUCCACAUCGGAACAGCCAACGCUUUUGCGUGAGGAACCAUUUCCCAGUUUUAGCGAUGCCAUUGGAAAGAGUAUUUCUCUAGCGGCUUCCUCGCCACGUUAUCUCCAUAAGUUUGGUCUGACUAGGGGAGCGGAGUGGCGUGACUUACCGGCUCGUUUAAACCGCCUAUAUCUGCAGGGUAUGCGCGUAGUGUUCUUGUUGCCCGUAUUCUAUGUGCUCGAUCGCUAUCGCGUAGAGGUGUUGAGUGGACGCAUCAGAGCCGACGACAAUGAAGCCUAUUGGCGGCUGACAGAAGAGUUUACGGGCGCUGCGGCGCCACGCAGACGCAGCAACGAGCAAUUCGAUGUGCCAGCAAAGCUGCUCUUGGAGGUGGAUGAUCAGUAUGCCAGCCAUAUUAUGAGCAUUGUUUUGCAAUUUCAACUCUAUACGCAUUUCUGUAACUUGACAAAUCAAUAUGUGGAUGGAGUGGAUGAUAAGCCCCUGGAUUUGUGUGACUUAUCUGGGCAGCGUCAAGUUGGACCAAGAUUACGUCGUGCCAUGGCCUUGGGCUCGUCAUUGCACUACAGAGAAGUAUUGCAGGAAAUGCUGGGAGAGCGCGAAUUAAGCUUGAAUGGGCUACUGAGCUAUUUUCAGCCUCUAUACGAGUGGCUGGUAAUGCAGAAUCGGCUCAAUGGCUUGGAAGUUGGCUGGACAUAG